UCAAUCUGCUUGCAAACGCGCUCAAUCGACAUGGGAGGCAAACUGUCGACCAAGGGCAAGAAGAAGAAACAGAGAAAAACAAAAACAGCCAGUGCGCCUAAUAACAGUCCGACAAGUGACGAGGAGGAGAAGUGUUACGACCCCGGAGACCCCACGCUUCAACUUGUAGACGGGGAGGAUGAAAUGGACUUUUUGUGCAUCGGCUACAAGUCCCGCAGAGCGAAGAUGUCCUGCGGUCACGCCGUCACUCCGACGUCUCUGACCGAUCACUGUCGCAGGCUGCUGGAUGACGAGGGUGUGUGCAGAUUUGAGUGUGGCAAGUGUGAUGCUGAGUGGUCCUUUGAGGAGGUUUCCAAAAUGGCUCUUCUGACCCCUGAAGAAGUGGGAGAAUUUGAGAGGAAAUUAUUCAUCAAUGCUGCCAGGGAUUUACUGGACGUCAAAGAAUGUCCUGGUUGCAAGUCUCGUGCGGUCAGAACUGACCUGAACGACCUGAGUGUAGAGUGCACUGAGUGCUCAGCCAGGGAAGGAGCAACGUACAUGUUCUGCUGGCAGUGUUUGAAGAAAUGGAAAGGUCCGGCUCCUCGUUCGGACCACUGCGACAACGACGGCUGCCAGAGCCCACUGGAAAUAUUAAAGAACUGUGACGACGUCGUCCUCAGCAGCGUGACGGGGGUCACGGGGUGUCCCUCCACCCGAGCCUGUCCCACCUGCGGCAUGCUGGUGGUGCAUGAUGGAACCAAAUGUAAAAACAUUGGCUGUACGCAGUGUAAAGUGGAGUUCUGUUUUGUGUGUCUGAAGACCACUACAGAGUGCCUGAAACUAAACCCACAGUCAUGGUACAGAGUUUGCUCCACUGGUAUAGCACCAAGACAGACCUCCAUACCUGUGUGGCAGAGCAGAUAAUUGUGUUGAUUCAAUACUGUGAUCUCAAGACACACAAACGCACCUUUUCAUGUUGU